AUCUCAAAACCAAUCAAUUUCUUUCUAAUACCAAAUUUUAAUUUUAAACCUAAUCGAGUAAAAAAUUAUGAAUUAAGUAUGAAGUAUGAAUGUUUUAAGAAACUUCAAUAAGUAAAUAUAAAAAAAAACAUGAUAUUAAGGUCAUGUUUUUAUGUUUUGCACCUCACUGUCAUAUCAGCGUAUAACCACCAAAAACCAUUGCCUCAAAAACUAUGGAGUGAACGUUGUACCAAGAACUCUAUCGCUUUGAAUGAUUGCAACUGGUGUUGGUGUGAUGUCAGGCAGAGGUUUCAAUGUAAAGCUCGAAUCUGUGAGGAAGUUGAUAUGUUUGGACAUUUUAAAGACGCUAUCCGUGACAUCGAUGUGGGGAUGGAAGGACACGGUUCUUGGCGAUCUUCAAUGACCCCGUGCACACCCGGUGUUCAUUAUAGAAGGGGGGAUGUUCUAUGCUUGUGUGAUGAAGAUGGAAAUUGGCCGAAUCCAGUCUGCAGAGACAUCUUCAGAGUUUUGCAUGCUGUGGAAGUCCAUCGGGAUACUGUUAAUAAAACCUGUACUCCUUCUAAACUAUAUCUCAUUGGCUGUAACGUCUGCUUCUGUUCAUCAUCAGGAAUUUUAGAUCCAGAAUUCUGUACAAAACAAGAAUGUCAGGAAGAUGACCCAGCGCUACCGGAAAACCGACAGAUAACCCAGUCUGAUUAUGAAAAAAUUUCUGAAGUGUACGCCAGAUGUGAUUCUGACGAAGCUUAUGAGCUUGGAUGUAGAAAAUGCAUUUGUCUGAAAAAUAAUAGACUUAUAUGUAAUGACUGUUCAAAAGAACAGACAACCGUGACAGAAAAGCCUUUAUACAGAAAGAGAAGACGCAAAAGGAGGAGAAAGAGAAUAAGAAAUACCAGAUUUGGAUUAUGCGAAGGAAAAUAUCCCAGAGAGAAAUUCUCACUCGGUUGCAGUACCUGCUUCUGCGACAAGUACUCAGGAAUAUACUGCUCAGUGAGGAAGUGUCUUAAGCCUAUAAGAACACUGAAAGCGAGUCUGUCCCUCUCUCAAAAUGAUCCAUCUAUAGUUCCUCCAAAAGUAAAACAAGUGGAACCGCCACUGGACGAUGACAUGUGUCAGUCAAACACCAAAUAUACCAAACGAUGCAAUGAAUGCAUCUGUCUCAAACUAGAAAACAAUGUCAAGGUUUUGGAUUGUUCACUGAAAAAAUGUACGUCUUCACAAGUUGAUGAAAUGUUUGAGAAUGACUGCGUCGUUGGCAGCGUGUACAUGAGGGAUUGCCGCAUUUGUUACUGUUAUACCAUUGACGGAGUCAGACACCAAGUAUGUCACGCCAACGCAGAGUGCGGGGAGAAUAAAAAUGAGUUGGACAUGGGAUUUUGUAUACCUAUGCGCAUGUACAAGAAAGACUGCAACACCUGCAAAUGCCUGUCCGAUGGAAAAACUUUAAAGUGCAGUAGUGCACCUUGCACGGUAAGGUCGUCGAACCCAGUCUCAGUGGAUCUGGUGCCGGUAACAAUGAUGAACGGCGACCCAUGUCCGAAAGGUUUCUCCUAUAAAUUGGACUGCAAUGUAUGCUUUUGUCUGUCUAAUGGGAACGCUAUAUGCACAACGAGAGACUGUUCUAACGAUGACCAAGAAUUUUGAAGUUAGUAUUUUUUUGGUCCGACUACAUAAAUAUAAAUUAUGAGAAUAUAUAAAAACAAA